AAAGUCCUGAAUAAGUGCCACAAUCUGUCUAGACAAGAUUGAAAGACGCCAUCAUGACACGUUCACUAUGUCGCCUUUCCCUGUACGUCAUCCUUCUGCCUGCUCUAGUCGUCGGCUUCAACCUCACCAUCCUCCACACCAACGACAUCCACGCCAGAUUCGAACAGACCAACAAGUUUGGUGGUGCUUGUCCAGCUGAUGAUGUGGCAGAGGGGAAAUGUUUUGGUGGGACAGCGAGACUUGUGACCAAAGUCCGUGAACAGCGCUCCCUCCAUCCCAACACCAUCCUCCUGUCGGCAGGAGACGAGUUCUCGGGGACGUUGUGGUUCUACAAGUACGGCAGUGCCGUUGUGGCCAGAUUCAUGAACCUGUUGCAGUAUGACGUCAUGACUCUGGGAAAUCACGAGUUUGACCUCGGCAUCGAGGGGUUGAUACCCUUCCUCAACGCCGUCAACUUCACCGUGGCCAUCGCCAACAUCGAUGCUACAGGCGAGCCUUUGGUGGAAAACAAGCUGAUGAAACAUACAGUGUUGACGGUCGGGGAUGAACGUAUCGGGGUCAUCGGGUACACUACCACAGAGACGCCGUUAGUCACGUCAACAGGUAAAAACCUCAAAUUUGAAGAUGAGGUUGUAGCAGUCCAGAGAGAGGUGGACUCCCUGACGUCACAGGGCAUCAACAAGAUCAUCGCUCUCGGUCACUCGGGUUUCACUAUUGACAAAAGAAUAGCAGCAGAGGUCAAUAACCUGGAUGUGGUGGUCGGGGGUCACACCAAUACCUUCCUCUACACAGGCCAGCCACCGUCCAGUGAGAAGCCGAAGGGAGAGUAUCCCCACGUGGUGACCCAGUCGGGAGGGGCCAAGGUGCUCGUGGUGCAAGACUAUUGCUACGGGAAAUAUCUUGGUGCUUUGGAAGUGACAUUUGACCCGGAUGGUGUCAUCACGUCAUGGGGAGGCAACCCAAUCCUACUAGACAACAACACGGCGCAAGAUGAGAUGACCCUAGAGCUGAUGCAGCCAUACAAGGAGGGCGUGGCUAACGAGUCAGGCACGGUGGUGGCCAGAAGCUAUGUGAUGCUUGACGGAGGGAAAUCAUCAUGUAGGCUCAAAGAGUGCAGUCUUGGUAACAUGAUUACGGAUGCAAUGGUGCACCAGAACCUGAAGCAAAGCGACUCCUUGGAAUGGAGCCACGUGGCCAUUGCCUUCAUGCACGGAGGCGGCAUCCGAGCGUCCAUCCCUCCAGGUGACGUCACAAUGGGAGACUUGCAAACCGUGCUGCCAUACCGGAACACCGUGGACAUCGUGGAACUGCGUGGGAAACAUGUCCGGGAGACUCUGGAGUUCACGGCGUCCAAGUGGGUCAACACGGGGAGAUUGUUCUGGGGGUUCCUCCAGGUGUCAGGAAUGAAAAUCGUGUACGAUAUGCAGAUGCCUGUCGGUCAAAGAGUGAUAGCGGUCAAGGUCACAUGCACUAACUGUUCCGUGCCCCAUUACGUGGAUCUCGAAGAUACCGAGGUAUACAAGAUCCUCAUGCCCUCCUUCUUGUCAAACGGCGGAAGCGGAUAUGACGUCAUCAAUGACAACAAGGUUCGCCAACAUCAGAUAGGAGAUCUGGACGCCGACGUCUUGAUUGAGUACGCAAGGCGGGUCUCGCUCCUGACCAACGUGAUAGAGGGAAGGAUCAGUUUCCAGGAGACUCCGUUGUGCCCUUAUCGCGUCAGUAGUGACGUCUCCCGUCCCGCACUACAACUCUUCACAUCGAUGACGUCUGUCGUACUCGUAUUGUUUUAUUCCCGCAGUCUGUGUGUUGGCAUCGGUGAAAGCAGUGUUUGAAGCUCGUGAUGGAUUUUGCAUCAUAGAAAUGUGUACUGUCACACUUUGAUCACACCAUUAAAGAAACAUGUCAGUU